GUUCUGACAACAGUCUGAGAAUUAAUUACUUGAAUGUGCUAUUACACCUGCAGUUAGCACCGCAUAGGAGCUUCUACAGUUUUGCCUGUACUUAAUUUUAUACCAGUCUUCCCACAUACCGGUAACUCCGUCAAUGUUUGAAUUUGUUUGAAUUACGAUUUUUGGAGAACGGCCAGUGAGCGUUUGCUACUUUAGUUUCAGCUAGUACAGUGUGUAACUUACAGUAAUUACGGUAAUUUAGCAGUUCCUGUUUUUGAUAUAUUUUUUUGGGCUUGAUUGCACAGGGUGCACCAAGUCUAAUUGCACAGGGUGCACCACCAAAGCGACAAUGAACAGCCAGUUUACCAUCGGUAUCGACCUUGGCACGACGUUUUCCUGCGUCGCCGUGCGUCGUCAGAAUGAAGCCUUGGAGGUGAUCGCCAACGAGCACGGUCAGCGCGUCACACCCAGCUGCGUGGCUUUCGAGGAGGGUCAACACACGGUGGGAAUCGAAGCCCGUAACAACAGCUAUCUCCGCCCGGCUAACACCGUCUUUGCCAUUAAACGCAUCAUCGGACGACGCACCGACGAACCGGAAGUCCAGCAGUACCGCUCCAAAUGGCCCUUCAAAGUCCUCGCGUCGUCCAACGGCCUCCCGGAGGUGGAGAUCACGGAUAUCCAACAUGUCAACAACGAAACACGGACCGUCGUCAGCCGUUACACACCGGAGGACAUCAGCGCCUUCGUCCUGGAGAAGAUGAAGGCCAUUGCCGAAGAUUACCUGGGCAACGGUGCCGACAAUAUCGUCCUGCACGCGGUCAUCACGGUGCCGGCGAAUUUCAAUGACGCCCAGCGGCGGGCUACCGUGGCAGCCGGGGUAAAGGCGGGGCUGAAGGUUUUGGCAGUGGUCAACGAACCGACAGCGGCGGCUGUCGCCUACGGGCUGGAUAAGCUGAACCAGUCCCAGACAAUUCUGGUAUUCGACCUGGGCGGUGGGACCCUGGACGUCUCCAUCCUACGAAUUGAAAACGGUCGGAACUUCAACGUCCUGUCGACCUCCGGCGACUCCAACCUGGGAGGGGAGGACUUCGACGAACGCCUACUGGAAUACUGCGUCUCCGAGUUUGAAAGUAAGAAUAGCGUGACAAUCGAUCGCAAGAGUCCCAGCGUCGCCCGUCUGCGCUUGCGAGUGGAGGAGGCCAAGAAGGGUCUCGUCAAUGAGAACUCGAAAGCGGUGGUGGUUCUGGACGCAUUCCACGGCGAGCACCACCUUCGGGAAAUCAUUACCAAAAGAAAAUUCGAUGAAUUGUGUGAGGACCUGUUUACGAAGACCCUGGAGCCGGUCGAGGAAGCCCUACGCCGCGCGGACCUGGAGAAAAGCGACAUCGACCAGGUAGUUUUGGUCGGCGGGUGUUCUCGCAUUCCGCGUAUCCGAGAGCAACUAUCGGUAUAUUUCUCGGACCAGAAAAUCAAUAAGGAUAUCAAUGCCGACGAAGCCAUUGCCUACGGAGCCGCCGUCCUGGCGCACCAGUUAUUGAAUGACGCCACCGGAAAUGCCAACACCGGCAUCCAGUUUAGCGACGUUACUCCCUUCUCACUUGGCACGGAAGUGGCGGGAGGUUUCAUGGCGGUGCUGAUUCCCCAGAACACCCGCAUCCCGGCCCGGGAAACCCGGGAGUUCACUACCGAGCGCGACCAUGUCUGGUACGUUAAUAUCCCGAUCUACGAAGGUGAAGGGAACAAGGUGCGGGAAAACCGAUUGCUGGGGAAGUUUCGCUUUGGGGAUUACAAACGCGGACCGGCCGGCGAGCCACAAAUCGAUGUGACCUUUGAGUAUGACCGUUCAGGAAUCGUCCAUGUCACUGCCGUCGACCGGCGCACUGGACGCUCUGCUGACGUGCAGGUCAACCGCCAAGGGGUGCCGGAUGAGCGUCCUGACAGCGAUAGCGAUGAUUCAUCUGAGGAGGAAGCCGAUGAGGAUCCCAACGCCGAUGAUGACCGGCAGAGCCAAGAAAAUCAGGAAAAUGAAGAUCCGGAUUCGGAAGAGGAGCUUAGCGAGGUUUUUAUGAGAGGAUUUUUGCGGUUUUUGGCGGGAUGUUUGGAGGAAGAGUUCAACUUUCCCCAGGUCAGCAGCACCCUCCCGGCACCCGUCACGGAAUUUAUUAACCGUUUUGUGGCCCGCCGAGCUGACCGACCGGAGCUGCAGUUGUCCAGUAUCGAUAAGGCUUUCGAUGGGCUCCUCCGGCAUUUCCAUCAUGCCGGCCGCGACGCACUGGCUUCCGUUCUUAAAAUCAAUUACCAACAAGGAAUUGACCGCGGUGGCGUCUCUCGUGACGUUACCCAGGCCGCCUGGGACCAGGCCAAAGACUUCCGGCACGCGGGUGUCCGCGUUUUCGAAGGCGAACCCUUUAAGACCGUCACCAGCCAACCGGUGGAAGACUGGGUGCUGCGAUCCAUCGGCAAGUUCCUCUUCGCUUCCAUAGUCCACGGCUACGCCUGGCCCAGUUGGUUGGAUAGCUCCAUGUUCUACUACAUGGUCGACGUGCCCGUUGACCCUGAGCAUGCCGCUCUGGUUAACGCCACCGUGGCGGACCUGCUGGUGGCUGUUGAUCAGUCAACCGCCACCGGGAAUUUCCGGCGGCCAUUCCCGAUCUGUUUGCAUGGAUGGAGCAUCAUGAUUUGCAGGCUUCCAUAUGGAAGGAUAAAAACAAGGAAGAUCUGAAAAAGGAAAUCGUCAAAUACGAACUGUACACGCGCCGCCGGGGAAAUAUUCUUCUUAUUCGCGAGGGCUUCAACCAGGAUAAUUUUUUGGAGGUUAUCCGCGAUCCAGCCAUACUGCAAAGUUUAAUGGAAUCGCUGUGCCGCAUCGUCACCAGCGCCGACGACAUUCUCCGCGAGCUGAGCCUGCCGCGACACUCCGACGAAUACCGCGACAAAGAGCAGAUCGCCGUCACGCAUUUUGUUAAAUACAUCCAGACGGCUACUGUCGACGAGCGACGAGCCCUGAUGACCUUCAUUACAGGUUUUACACGGAUACCGUUGCCGAAGAAAAUUGAAAUUGUCUUCCAAGACUCGGAGGAGCCCCGACUACCGGAGGUGCACACGUGUGGACCGCAGAUCCGUCUCGGAAUUCACUAUGGCACUGGGCCCUCUGGUUAUGCGCAGUUCAAGAAGGACUUAGCCACGUCUGUCACUGCCAGCCGGCACCAGUUCGGGAUGCAGUAGUACCGCGCACAUCGUUAACAGACUCCGUAUAUCGUUGCCGUUGUUUCGUUCUCCAACCUGGUCGACGUUUGUCUUGCAACAAAAAGCAACAGUUAGCGCGCUUACGGUCAGUUUACGACUGGCGAUCUCGAAAUCGGACACGACGGUUGCACGCGUGAUGAUCAAUUUUGUGUACCCGUGACGUACAACUUUGCUAUUAAUAGUGUUUCAUUUUAAUACAACUAUAUGCUCAUUGCUCAACACAAUCUGUUUAGAAUUAUUUUGUUGUAUAAAAAAACAGGAAGUUUUGUUAUCGAGCCUAGACUCUGCGUGCACCGUUUAUAGCGAAUGAAAUUCAAUGAACA